AGACUGCUCAUCGUCGUGUUCUUCAUUUCGCUACGCUCAUGGUGAAGUGUAGUGGUGUUUGUAGGUAUGUGUAGUGGAUGGAACACCAUACUCAGCACGGAAGGUAACCGUACAACACAAGGCGUUUUUGGGGAGGUCAGAAUCAGAAGAAUCUACACGACGCACGGUCCGGAUCGAAGAACAGCAGACACAAGGCUUGCUACUGAAUAAGCGAAGCAAGAACACACGUUGGAAUAUUAUUUUCUGCAUCGCCCUGCCGGGCUAAACUAGCCUCUGGGAGUGACGUGAAGCGUGUCCCUCGGAUCUGUGGUUCUUCUACUACGGAGAAAACGGUGAAGAACCUACGGCAGUUAUUGUAGUGAAGUAGAGAAGAAGACAUCAGACGGUGUGUGGCAGGCAGUACGCGAUGAUAAAACUGUGAUAAUAACGUGAAAGUGGGCGAUAAGCACAUAAGUUUGAAGGACGAUUAAUGUGAUAAAAGAACCAAUAUGCACAUUGCCUGGUGGAUUAGCAGUUUUUCGAUGUGAAGAUUUUUGCUUUUCGAAGGUGUGUUAUCGUUGCAUAAAUGUGUGAUGUACCUACCUAUAUGUGGUGCUAUAGUAUGCUGGUAUAUUGUAGUGGUUUUUCUUUUGCAUACUUGAGGCGGCCUGUGUGAGAUUGGUGCAUGAAAACGCAAAAGGAAAGCUAAGAAAAGUUCAUAACCAGCAUAUCAAAUUGGAUUAGUGGUGAAUUUUGGUGUAGAAAAAAAAGUGCUAUGCUGGUCUGUGCAAAACAAUGGAUUCUAAUUUCGUCGUUAACCUCGUAAAUGCUUAGGAACGAGUAAGGACAACCAAUACGCGACAACACAGGCUCAUAGGGGAGAGUCGAAAUCUUCUGCUGAUUCGGUAGUGGCCGAUAUUAUGAAAUUUCACAACUACAGCAGUCCGCCAGAGAAAGUGAAGACACGAUCCGUCAGUUCAUCAUCGGAGCAAGAGUCCACACAUCUCCAGCAGCAGGAGCAGCAGCAGCAGCAGCGAAAGCCAGAACAUCAGCAACAAGCAGCCGUUCAGAAGCAGCAGAUAAGUCUGAAGAAGAAGAUUACUCCUCAGCAGCUGCUGGAGCUGCAGAAGCAGCAGCGCGAACCACUGGCCAAGCGACUCCGCACCGACGAGUCUGUUCCGGACGACGAGACGGAACAGGACGAGCAAGAGCAGCAGCAGCAGCAGCAGCAGGAAGCGGAGGAGAACGAAAUAGACACGUCAGCCACGGAAUCGGAAACGGAGAUGGAUCAGAGCACGGAUAACGAAAUGAUAAUCUCACACCCCUCGCAGCGGUUAGAUGCCAACGCGUUGAAGGCGAAGGCAGCUACCACGGCGGUCGUCGUGACGACGGACGAUUCCGACUAUGGACAGAACGACAAGCUGGGUCAGAAAAAGGUCAAGCGGAAAAUAGUCAGCAAACCAUGCAACAACAACACAUCGACGAAAGCCAAACUUCAGAUGGUGCAUGAAUUCCCGACCCUGUUCCUGGGACUGAGGCGCAACCGGAUUUUCCUGGUUAACUCCCUGGCGCAGACUUUCGAACUCAAUCAGCGGGACAUUAUCCUGACGCUGAGAAAAAUCAAACUAAACGAACACAAUGCUCGGUUAGCGAGCGUCUUCGGACUGACUGACAGUGAAGUGGACAUCCUGUUCCGUACGAGUGUGCCUAAAAUAGCCGAUUGUUUACGAAAUUUCAUUGUGUGGCCGGACGAUGUCACCAUGAAGCUGAACGUUCCCAUCUACCUGCGACAGCACUUUAACAAAAUCCACCUGAUCCUCAACUAUCUGGUGGUGAAGGUCCGACAGAAUGCCGUCAAAUUCCUCUCCCAGGCGCAAUCGGAAACGUCCUACUGCGAGGUGGAUCAGUGUCACAAACUCAAAUAUCUGGUGGCUUCCACCCUGGACGGUUGCGUGUGCUUCGUGUCGCGGGGUUUCGGCAUCCAAACGGACGAUGAAGCCGUCCUGGCGCAGUCCGGUUUUCUCACCAAGUUCAAAACCAACACGAAUCUGAUCGCCGGCAAAAAUUUCCACAAUUUUGAAGAUCGCCUCACCAAUGGGAACGACCACGAUCACGAAAAUAAUAACGGUGCCGGUGGCGGUGCGGUAACGGACGAGUCCGACCUGGAACGGACCAUGACGACCAACGAGGAGGACGACAACUUUGGCGAGAUCGUGUCCGAAAAGAUCAGCAAAAGUCGGACGUUCAAGCUGAAAAACUACAUCGAAAGUGUGCUGGAGAGCUUUCAGGGCCACAUGAUCCUGUCGCCGAUGGCGUGCGUGGAUGCGCGAUCCCUCGAACUGCUGGACGACAUUGUGGUGAUCGUCGGGGCACUCAUCAACCUGCAGAAGCAGGAAGUGGAAUAAGGACGGGGCAGAUUCAUAUCGGUAGGCAAUGCAGAAAUGGGGCACAACGCGCAACUCAAGCUUUUCUCUUUUUGCUUCAUUUUUUUUUCUCUGUAUGAUUUAAUUUUUACUUUGUUGACGAUUUCUGUUUUUUUUUUCUGAAGUUUUUCCCCUCCUGUGCGCGCGUUCGAGAGGGAGGAAAAGCCGGAGAAAAGCAUUAGCUUCGAGCGUGAGAGCGAGAGAGAGAGAGAGAGUUAGGAUGUGUAUGCAUAAAAUGGUUCGAAUGCGCUAGGCCGUAUUGUAGAUAAUUUAUUAUAAUUAUUAUUACUGAUGUAGCAUUAACGAUUAGUAACAACACAAAUAAAGUUUACCGAUGAAGUCUAAA